UGCCUUGCUGUCAAUUUCAUAGUGACGUAUCACUUCUUUAACAAAAGUGGGCCGUCAAUCGGUAUUUCACCGUCAAUUAGUUAAUUUAUUUGUUGAUUAAACGCCAUGGAUGAAGAAUACGACGCUAUUGUGUUGGGCACUGGCCUAAAGGAAUGUAUUUUAAGUGGAAUGCUGUCUGUGUCCGGUAAAAAGGUUUUACACGUCGAUCGGAACAAGUACUACGGCGGAGAGUCUGCUUCAAUUUGCCCUCUGGAAGAACUAUUCGCAAAAUUUGGUGUCCCAGCCCCAGACGAAUCAUAUGGACGUGGAAGAGACUGGAAUGUCGAUCUCAUUCCCAAAUUCCUUAUGGCCAAUGGUUCUCUCGUCAAAUUGCUUAUCCAUACGGGCGUUACACGGUAUUUAGAAUUUAAAUCGGUGGAAGGGAGCUAUGUGUACAAGGGAGGAAAAAUCGCCAAGGUACCUGUCGAUCAAAAAGAAGCCCUCGCUUCCGAUCUGAUGGGCAUGUUUGAAAAGAGACGGUUUCGCAAUUUCUUGAUCUACGUGCAAGACUUUAGCGCAGAAGAUCCCAAGACAUGGAAAGAUUUAGAUCCAAACACUCAAAACAUGUUGGCGUUGUAUGAAAAAUUCGGUUUGGACAAGAACACGCAAGAUUUCACUGGCCACGCCCUUGCUCUGCACCGCGAUGAUGACUACUUAAAUAGGCCUGCAGUUGAAACAAUCAAUCGCAUCAAAUUGUAUUCCGACUCUCUUGCCAGAUAUGGAAAAUCACCUUAUUUAUAUCCUAUGUACGGUCUUGGAGAGUUGCCACAAGGUUUUGCCAGGCUGUCUGCUAUCUAUGGAGGAACAUACAUGUUGGACAAGCCCAUCGACGAAAUCGUUCUUGGCGAAGGCGGCAAAGUAGUGGGGGUGCGUUCUGGCAAUGAGAUGGCCAGGUGCAAGCAAGUGUACUGCGAUCCAACAUACGUCCCAGACAGGGUACGCAAGAAGGGUAAGGUUAUUAGGUGUAUCUGCCUGAUGGACCACCCCAUUUCCAACACGAAAGAUGCUCUUUCCACGCAGAUUAUAAUUCCCCAGAAACAGGUUGGACGCAAUUCCGAUAUUUACGUGUCCUUAGUGAGUUACACGCACCAGGUCGCCGCUAAGGGUAAGUAG